GCUCUGCUCUAUCUCGGUCUGCGGAUACAAAAAUCGAUACUAACCCAUGAUCUUAUCCGCUCUUACCACCGUCGGACUUGCCGCCCUCGUCGGUGCGGCAGACUGGUAUACUGUCGAGUGGGAUGCACCCGAGUUCACUGCCCUCUCGGGUGAUAUGGUAGUGCCCGGAAUUCCUUCUGGCGGAACACCGUAUGUCUGGCCUGCUCUCCAAAGCGACAACGGCGUUCUACAAGCCGUAUGUGAUGGGCGGAGUGGUACAUGGUGGAUCGGUGACGGCUUCUAUGGCACGCCAAGCCUGCCGUGGGGCAACGGAUUCAACGUGAACCCUGGCGACACGGUCCACUUCACCUUCACCGGGAACGGCGACACUUGGACUACCACCCUCGAGAGCAAUGGCCAGACGGCGUCGACGACGCUUGACAUCACUGGCAGCACGAUGAACCGCGCGAUCUUCGCUGUCGAGCUCUACGACGUCCCCUUCGACUUCGGGCCUGUUAGAUACAGCAACGUCAAGAUCACCGCGACCACCGCCGCGUCUGGCUGGUGCGGCUCCGUCGCGCAUCUCGGGUCCUACAACUACACCUACUCCGGAAACACCGCCAGCGGCAACACAUGCUCCAUCGCGCAGAUCGUGCAGAACAGCGCUGUCUAAUGGGGCUUGCGGGAAAGAACUUAUCUAAGUUUGUAUUAUCCGGCGUGGUUGAAAUAUCUGGCGUUUUGGAAAAUAUUGGGAGGCUCAAAGCAUAUGCUGAACUGGUGGAAGCCAGCAGUGACAGCCUUCAACGCUCCGUCCGUUGUACUCUAGCAACGACUGGGCGAGGCAUAUAUACCACAAGUGUCUUUGGUCCUCCAAGCCGUGCCUAGGAGCGAAGUUCGACUAUGUCGACCUCAGAGAUCCAUAGCGCGCAAGUCCUCUGCGAAGA